AAGCUGUCCCCUUCGGUAACCUGUGGAGGCAUGAGAGCUCGAAGUACUUCAGCUUCCCUCACAUUCCUUACUGGUUCUUCGAGACCCAGGUCGCUUUCCUUGAAUGUUUCCCACAACUCCUCAGCCGCUCGCUCUUCGCUGCUUCACUCCUCCUUCCUCUGCUCUUCUUCCUCUCUCUCUUUCCCCUCUUCUGUUUCCGGUUUAUCCCUGUGUCUGGAUUUAAAACCUAAUGUUGGUAUUGAAGGGGAAAAUGGUGGCAGACUAGUUGUAAGGGCAGGCAAAGCUGCUCUUUGUAUGACCAAGAGGAACAGGUCAAGAAAAUCACUGGCACGGACUCAUGGUUUUCGCAGACGGAUGAGAACCACAAGUGGAAGAGCAAUACUUAAGCGCCGACGUGCCAAGGGGCGGAAGGUCCUUUGCCCAAAGUCGAAUCCAAACAGUGGCAAACGUGCUUAGUUUUUCCUAUUUCAUUAGGUAAAAGCUUUACUUCCUAUGAAUUUAUUUAAGUUCCUAGUUUCCCCCUUGAACUAUUGGUUUCUGUAAUCUCUAUAUUUGAAAAAUUUAUUCUUUCUUAUGAUCAACUGAUCUUGUUAAUUCCAUGUUAGUUGUUGCAAAGAUGUUGCUAUCCAUCGCCCUUAUUGAAAUGAAGUCAGUCACUUUUGGCAGUUAGUUAUGCAUGUAGGAUGUUCCCCAUUUUUGCUAUAUUCGCCUUGUAACCAUUGGUUUCUACAACUUGUUUUUCA